AUGUUGUUAUUCUAUUUUUUUCUCGUCUGUCUUUGUCAAUCAUUGUUCGCUGUUGAAUUGUUUAUCUACAAAGGUUUUACUGAAGUUCGUCAAGUUUGCAAUGGAGUCGGUGAAUACACUUAUCAAUUUACAAAUGCUGAUUAUGGAAAUGUAAUUGAAGGAUCAUUCAGUUGGGAAGGUACACCAUUGGUUCGACAAGAAAUUUACAAUACAAUUCAAUCACUUCAAAAUGCCAAAGUAACAGUACGACGAUUCACAGUGUGUGCAUGUGAAACUAUUAAUGCAAAAAUUGUCGAUCCCAAUUCGAUGUUACUCCAAAAUUUGCAAACAGGAACAUAUUUUUAUGCUGAUAAAGGUUCAAUCGAAUAUAUAUCGGUCCAGUCAACAGAGAAUAAAAUAACAUUAUCGCUUCAAUUUAAAACUGCAAAAACAGAACGUAACGGAAUAUUAUCAUAUUUAGUGAGAGGAAUCACCUGGACAGCUAGUUAUGACCUGUUGUUGACGGGUGCCAAUGAUUACGAACUUCAUGCCUAUGCAAAUAUCAAGAAUGAUCAACAACGAGAAUAUACCGUGGACAUGACUCAUCUGUUAGGUGGGGAUGUGCAAUUAGCUACCAAUUCUCCGGCUCCUUCUCCUGGAUUGGAUGCUGAUAAGUCUUCUAUGAACGGGAAACCAAUUCAAGCUGGUGGUGAACAAAAAGGUGUGUAUUCGUAUAUCUUGAAAGACAAAUAUACACUUCAUCCAUUAAGUUCCAUUCGUGUACCAUUUAUUGAUAUUGCUGUUAAAUAUCAAUUCUAUUACAAAGCAUGGACAAGCAUCUACACAGGAAUGUAUCAAGGUAUCUUUGCAAGAACUUACGAAAUAACACCUGAUCAUUUCAUGCCCGCUGGUAUUAUUACUAUUCGUGACAAUCAAGUACUUGUUGGUCAAGCGAUGUUGCCAGAUAUUCCAGGAAAUUACACGCAAACAUUUACCGUUGGUCAAGAUAAUGAUGUUCGCUAUUUCAUCAAAGGUAAUUUAACAUCAAAGACUGAUAACACGGCACCAGUACCAUUGGAGACUUAUGAAAUCGAUGUUGAAGUUAAGAACUUUAAGGACAAACAUGUCGAUGCUCAGCUUGUGUUCCAAGGCGGUAUUCAAAUAAUGCUUCUUGAUACAACAUGCAAGGCUGUUCGUGUCCAAGGAAACCAACUCUACUUGCCAGUCCAACUCGAACAAGGCGAAAAUCAUCAGUGCAAGUUUUCUGUAACAGUGAGAUUGUAUUAA